UUGGCCUAAAAAUAAACCUCUAAAGCCUCUCAAUGUUUUUAUAAGAACAUCCAUUUUUAAAGCUUCUCCAUUCAUUGAUUCAUUCUUUAAUUAUAAAUCCAUCAAGAACAAACUCUUUUCAGAAGAUAAAACAAUAACAACAAUGGCGUCUACAGCGACCCAUCUUGUUGUUGUUGUCACCAUGUUGGUCUCAGCCAUGGCCGUAGCAGAAUCCAACAUGCUUCAAGAUUUUUGUGUUGCUGAUUUGUCCAAUGCGGUCAAGGUCAACGGAUACACAUGCAAGGACUCAACACAAGUAACACCUGAAGACUUCUACUUCCAAGGCUUAGCCACAGCCAAAGCAGCUGCAAACUCCUCCACUGGAGCCAUUGUAACCGGCGCCACAGUGGAGAAGCUGCCAGGACUCAACACUCUCGGCCUCUCCAUGUCUCGCAUAGACUACGCACCAAACGGUCUAAACCCACCUCACGUUCACCCGCGUGCCUCUGAGGUCAUCUUCGUCCUAGAGGGUCAGCUCUACGUGGGGUUCGUAACAACCGCAGGGAAACUAGUAGCUAAAUACAUUAACAAAGGAGAAGUGUUCGUUUUCCCCAAAGGGCUUCUCCAUUUCCAGAAGAACAUUGCUGGAUCAGCUCCAGCUUCUGUACUAGCAGCUUUUGAUAGCCAGUUGCCUGGAACACAGUCGCUUGUGGCGUCUCUCUUUGGAGCUCUUCCUGACAACAUUCUCGUUGAGUCAUUCAAGAUCAAACCCAAACAGGUUAAGACAAUCAAGUCAAGAUACCAACCAAAGAAAUGAGAAGAGAGAAUAAACAUAAUCUUUGUCUUCCUUUUUUGAGCUCUCUAAUUGUAAAACAUUAAGCAAAGAAGAUAAAGAUAAAGUUUGGAACAUUUUAAUCAAUGAAAAGAGUUUGUUCUUGUU